UUCUCAUUUCCGGGGAAUUGACUUGAUUCGUGUCUCUUAGGGAUUGUUGGGUUUCUCUUGUUACACAUCAGGUUAAUUUGGUUUAGUUAAAUUUAAUCGAAUUUAAUUUAAUCUCCCUCACCUUUUUUACAUUCCUUAUUUACUAUUUAAACCCUCGAAUCAUGUACAAAGUGUUGUUAGUCUUGAGUUUAAUUGUUACAAGUGUCCAUUCAUCACUAACACCCAACACUUUUCUGACCAGUCAAGACAAAACACGUUUUAGUGAUUUGUUUAAAUUGACUGAGCCUUAUAGUGAUUUACCUGUUAACAAUUUAUAUUAUUCUCUUUUAGGGUCCAAUGUGCUAACCAAUGAUAGACUUUUCACCGUUUUGAAUACCCAACAAACGAAGAAAGUCUGUGAUUAUCUGGUAUCCAAUCUGGCCGAUUCGUUUGCUGCUAAAUUAGAUACCCUUUAUUUUGCUUCAUCUGCUGCUAAAUUGUUGAAUUGUCAGGUACAACCUAGUGCAAAGAUAGUGAGCUCUCUGGAAGGCUAUAUCAAGACCGAUGUUACUGUUGCUGAUCUUUACAAAUCUACUCUUUCACUUAUAAAUCUUGGUAAACCGAUUGACUCUGCUAAGAUCAGCAAGUUGCUUCAAGCAGCUUUGAAAAAAGAUGAAACACUUUUGAGUGCUGGUCAUGCUUUCCGUCUCUCUGCUCAUCUUCAAGGUGUGGAAAAUGUUACCCCCUUUAUUAAUAAAGUUCCUGAAAUUGUCAUGCAAGCCGAUGAAGUAGAUGGUCGAUAUCUUCAGUUUGAAGGUGGACUUGGUAUCACUGCGAACAUAAUUCUUGGUAUUUACUCGUUGGCUAAUACUGCUGGAAAACCAACUGGAUUAACAAAUGAUCAAGUAAUUAAGUUCACCAAUUACUUUUUGAAUCGUAAGACCGUCCAGACUGUUAAAGGAGCUUCUGAUUUGUUAGAGGUUUUGAAAACUCUAUCUACCAAUAAAUUUAAUCUCCCGGUUUGUGUCAGUUUGUAUGACAGUCCAGCAUUGAGUCCGAAUCCAUUAUUAAGCAUUUAUGUUACCAAUGUUCUUGGUCAAAGUGUUGGAUCUGAUUUAGUUGUUACCGCAGAGUCGACAGCAUGGACUGGCAAAAAGACAUUCAACUCUGUCCAAGGAGAUUCAACCAUGUUUGCAUUAGAUGUUAUUGAAACUAAACCAAAACGUGGUUCCCAUGAUGUCACCAUUUCCGUUUCUUCAAAGACAGAGCAAAAGCUCAUCGGUAACACGGGAGCUGUAGUCAAGAUUACAAUUUCCACUAGUAUUAAGGUGGAAAAGGCAGAGAUUGGAAUUGCCGACAAAGAUCAAUCUGGUCCAAUGAAAAUGACUGCUCUUCAAUUUCCUCAGUAUAGUAGCAAUAUCUUGGAGGUCGAUCAACAACAGAAAGUGGUCUUCAAAUUUUCUCUGAAAGAUGCAAAUUCAAAUGAUCCUUUAACUGCCCACCAAGUCUUCGUCCAGGUUUUGAAUGAUGAAAGUAAAAAAGAACACGUUUAUGUAGUGGAAAUGGAAAGUAGCACCGACACUUAUAAAUUUGAUCUCAAUUUAGCCCAACGAGGAAAAGACCUGGGCUUCAAUUCUGGUCUUUAUCAUAUCUCUUUGAUCGUAGGUGAUUCGGUCAUCAGCAAUCCAUUCGUUUGGAAAUUAGCCUCAGCUCGAGUGACAUUUACUUCUGGUCAAGCACAAGCCCUUCAAGAUAAAGCUUCAUGGAUGAAGUCGACUUACAGUCCAAAACCAGUGAUUAAUCACAUUUUCCGUGAACAAGACAAGCGACCGCCGACCUUUGUAUCUGAUACUUUCGCAUUAUUAACAUUAGUACCAGUUUUGAUUCUGUUUGGAUUAUGGGCUAAACUCGGUGCGAAUCUUUCUGGUUUCUCAUUCUCUUUGAGUGGGUUACUUUUCCAUCUCGGGUUAGGUUCAAUCUUCGCCUUGUUCACAUGCCUAUGGCUCCAAUUGAACAUGUUCACCACAAUUAAAUACCUUUUGGGUCUCGGGCUCAUCACUUUUCUAUCCGGUCACAGUUUAUUAAGCAAAUUGGCGAGUAAAAAAGGCGACAAAUAGCUUUGUAAUUAAAUUAAAUAGUCUUUUUUCCUCAAUAAUUAAAACUUAUAUUUAUAUCAAAAAUUUUAACGAAACAUUAAUUGUAUCUCGAGCCUUACCCAAUAAACACAAAACUUUCAAUUUGAAAGUUUCAAAUGCUUUUAAAGAA